CGCCCCCUUACUAUUCCGUGUACCCGCGUUUGAAAGCGAUCCCCGCCGCCCACAACUUAUUUAAACGCACCCCACUCUCUCCCUCCCCACUCUCAUCCCCAACAUGAACUCAUUCCCAAACACCAAUCUCACUCACAAUCACUCCACUUCCGAUGAAACCGCUUACAUGACCGUCUCCUCCGCUCCUCCCAAACGCCGCGCCGGACGCACCAAAUUCCGCGAGACUCGCCAUCCAAUUUUCAAAGGCGUCCGGCAGCGCAAUUCUGACCGUUGGGUUUGUGAGGUGCGCGAACCCAAUAAGAAAACCCGCAUAUGGCUCGGCACAAUCCCCCCCCACGAGAUGCGUGCCGGGGCGGCCAUCGCCCUCCGCGGCCGCUCCGCUUGCCUGAACUUCGCCGACUCGCCCGCUCGGCUACCUAUACCGGAGUCGUCGAGUCCGAGGGAUAUACAGCGGGCUGCCGUGGCGGCGGCGGAGGCGUUCCGGCCGGGGAGAAUGGAAGCCGAGUCUUCUUCUUCGGCGGCGGCGGAGAUGAGGGUGGAUGAUCCGUUUUGUAUGGAGCUUGGAAUGGUGGAUUAUUAUUUGGAUAUGGCGGAGGGGAUGUUAAUUGAUCCGCCGCCGAUGCCGUCGGAGGAGGAGGGGGAUGGAAGCAAUUGUGAUGUGUCGCUGUGGAGUCAUUCUUUUUGAGUGUGGCAGGACGAGAAAUAACGGCGCGUUUUUUUUGUUGGGGGGAAUAACGGCGCGCCGGCUUGUUGCAUAUUGAAAUUGUUCUUUUUUUUUUUUUUUUUUUUUGUGGUUAUUGUAAUAGUAAUCAGGUGGGAGUGGGAAGGUUGCAAGGGAGAAAGUAUUAGGUGCGGUCAUUUAUGUUCGGAUGAUCAUCUGAAUGGAUCGUCGUGUGAUAUAGGACGACUUAAUUGUGUUUGGAUCGUCGUCUGGAUGUGAGGUUAGACGGACGUAAUAAUUUUAUCACGGAAUGAAAUGAUAGUUGGAAUUUAAGAGUUUUCACAUCUCUAAAUUUUA